AUGUAUAUAAAAAAUAUCGCUAAUAAUACAAAAGAAGAACUAUUUAGAUCCUUAUUUAGUGACCCAAUAAAAGAAGAAGAAGAAAAGAAAGAAAAAGAAGAAGAAAAAGGAGAAAAAAAUAUAAAUAAAGCAGCAAGUAUUUAUGAUGCAGCAGCAGCAGCAAGAGAAGCAACAGAAGCAGCUGUUGCUGCAGAAGCAGCAGCAGAAGCAGCAGCAGAAAGAAAUGCAGCAACAGCAGAUAUAAUUCAUGAUGAAGAAGAAGAAGGAGAAGAAGAAGAAGGAGAAGAAGGAGAAGAAGAAGAAGGAGAAGAAGAAGGAGAAGAAGGAGAAGAAAAAGAAGGAGAAGAAGGAAAGGAAGAAAAAGGAGGAAAAAAAGAAGAAAAAGAAGGAAAAAAAGAAGAAAAAAAAGAAGAGGAAGAAGAUAUUCAUUAUAUUGAUUGUCUUAUUCAAGUUAAAUGUCUACAAAUAAAGAAACGUGUCUGGCCUAUUACUGACGAUGAAUUUUAUAAGAAGAAUUGUAAUAUGACAAAAGAAGAGUUAAGAAAAGAAAUAGAGAAAGCAGAAGAAGAAUUAGCAGAACAAGGAUCAUCUAAGCAUGCAUUAGGUGCAGCAGCACAAGCAUUAGAAGAAAUUACAGAAGUAGAAAUACCCGGUAAGAAUUAG